AUGUCCCAUCCAUUGGUAGCAGCAGUGUGGGAACAGCUAGGUCGCCGGGACCUCGAGAACAUCCUUCAUGAAAUUAUCGGGGAACAUGCUACGAGCCUCGCUGUGCGCGCAGGGCAGCAUGGCGAUGCCUCGGACAUGGAAUCCCUGACUCGGUCUGUGUUAUGGAUACAGACUCUCUUCAAUGUGCAACGGACGUAUCUCCAGGGUCUGGCGACUAUACGAGACUGUCAUCCCUACUUCGUUCCGUACCUGAUUUCAUCGAAUUCUAUCUUCUCAACCCUCAUGUACUUGACAAAGGUCAAGAUGGACCUCUUUCCAUGCACAAAGGCAACACCUACCGACCUUUUGAAGUAUAGACACCUCAUGGCGCACACGUUUCUCGUCGGCAUUCGGCUGCUUAUAUUGCGUGGCGAGGCACUCAACUCUGAUUCGAAGUUCAGAUUGGAACGGGCGAUGCGAUCAGCCUGGGAACAUCCUGACCUCUCCAGUUCGGAGCGCUUCUUGAUAAAUGACCUCUUGCCACGCGCAAUCACCAACAUUGGGUCGUUGAAUCUCUAUCGCACUCAGCAAUCCCUAAUCAAAUCCAGCAGAUCAUAUCUCCCCGUUUUCACAUCUGGAAUUUAUCCAUUCCCCGGUGCCCCGGACACCCUAGUAACAGACCUCUUGACCGCACUCAUAAAGAAUAAAGAUGAUCAGCUGACGUCGUUCUACCUCUUGCUUGACCUCCUAUGGGCGGCUGAAUCUGCAUCCGUUCAGUGCCACAUCGACCGUCGUCGGAUCUCACAAGAGCAAGGGUAUACCAGUGCUGCUGCUCUGAAGGUGGACGAGGCAUUUAAUCAGACAAAGGACAGCCGGAAAAAGCUGGCAAGGACGCUUUUAGCAGCUUUUGACGAUGAAUUCAAUAUACCAUCUCUGCAAGUUCUGGCAACCGUGGUUUUGAGCCAAACCGGCGGUGAUAAUCCACCUAUACAAACUAGGAGAAUCAGAGACGCCUGGAGUCAACUCGCGCCAACAAGGGAAUUUGUGGACUCUGGUCUAGGACACCUUAUGAGAUGGCUCAUCAAUCGCAGGGUUCAACUGUGGGACUGUAAUGGAGAGUUGGAAGCAUUCUCUCAUGACUAUCAGCAGCACUUGACUCAAUGGUUGCAGAACUCAUCCUUCCCAGGGUCCAGUCAGGCCCAAGGCAGACGGAGCAUAGCAGGUGCCGUAUAUGUUGUCAAUUGUCCCGCGGUCCAUCCAGUUCCUGAAGCUCUGUUGGACGAACAGCUGAAAAUUUCCGACAGGAAGGCAUACGAACAAUUGCAAGAGAAAUCGCGAUUCCUCACAAUGGACACCCUCUGUCCCUUGUGCCCCGGGAGUGUCAAGAUCCAGCAUGCUCGGAUGAUCGAACCCCUUGAGCAGGUUUCCGAUUCCCUCAAUCUUACCGAGUCAGAGAGCAGUGGGCGGUACUCCCUACCAGAUUCGGCAUCUAGGCAUACAACUUCUCGUUCAAGCUCUAGGACUAACUCCACAGACCAGUUAUCGCGGCAAGACUCGGUAGAAGCUUUGAGAAGCCCAGUGUCACCAAUAUCACAGAGCCUUUCGUUCUUCAAACUGUCAAGCAAAGAUCGAUCUUCUACUACGCCUGAGACGCCAACUUCAAUCUCAAGUUUGACCCGGCCUAGAACGGGCCAACCACAGGAAAAGCAGUUGAUUCGGUCGCUAUCGAAAGACCUCAAGAAUGCGACCCUUUCCCUGACCGGAAGUACGUCCCUGUUCAGAAGAAACUCCUCCAAGGGGCAUCACCUACCCCGCCAGGCUCGUUAUUCCUUCUCAGCAUCGGGGCAAAGCCUCCUGUUCUGGGACACGCCAAGCAGUUGGGUAAUGCGAUUUGAGCUCAAGCCUCUGGAUGGCAGGAGGGCUAGAGGCCAUCGGUACGAUGUAACUGGCGUCCAGUAUGCUGCAGCUGGGAGCCAGCGGUGUGCUGUGGUUGCUUCUGCCGGAGAGCACUACGAGCUUCUAAUAUUCAGAAACAACGGCCCCACUCCUGAAGCGUACGUGACCAUCGAGACACAACAGCGCACCUUGCCCAUUACCUGUAUGGUCAUGUCGCGCGACGAUCGGUUUGUGGCAUUUGCGCUAAAAGAGGAGGUUCGAGUGUACGAAAUCACUGAUAGUGGUAUCCGUGAGAUUCGACUGGGAGGUAAAUCGGACCGCUACCCUGCUAGAAAAUAUAUACAUUCAACAACAGCACAUAUCAAAAAUAGCUCCGAGACCGAAAUAACAGUUCGAGAAGAGAGUAACGAGACAGUCUUUGCACGAAGGCUUCAGUUCUCUGUCGACCGAAAACGAUUCAUUGUUGCAACACAUCUCGGGGAUCAGUAUGCCUAUGUUGAUGUGUGGAACUGCAUUGAUCAGGAGUGGAAUAUUGACGCGGAUAGCUCGAAGUCCUUCAAGCUACCUCCUUGGACCACCGACGACGAAGACCUCACCUCCGUAUACUACGACAACUUCAACCAAACAAUCGUCCUAACCGCCUUCCUCGCAAAGGAAUACCCAAUAUCCUACUCCAUCUCCACCAAUACCAUCACCAGCAACCCACUAAGCCCUCAAAUCGUCCACGCAGCGCAAUCACCGUCCGGCUCGCGGUUCGUCAUGGCAAACGGCAUGAAACAGAUGUACCUCUGCGACUCAACAGCCAGCGGCUCGCUCAUCCCGACAAAGAUGAAAAAGGCCAUAUCAAAGAUCAGCCCGUCUGCAUUUCGACCAGGCCACUUGGCUCUGGCCUUUCCUGAGGAAACAGAGGUGGUUGCAUUUUGGUCGAAGGAGGGGAAACUAAUGCUCAGGACGAUUAGCUUGCAUACCGGAGAAGAGGUCAUUAGUGACUAUGACCUAAGACCAGAGUUUGACCGGCUUGUCGUUGAAAGGCCGCUGCUGAACGAGUUCUAUAGGCCGCGGCAUCAGCCGUCGUCGCUGUCAAGGCAGAUUGACUCAGGUAUAGAAGCGCUUCAGUCAAUACCAAGGCCUAACCUGCCGGAACUGCCGGCUACAUGA